AUCGAAGAUUUCGUGACAAUCAUUAAAUAUUUCGCAUAGACGUAUUUUUGUUUUCGAACUGUAGUAGAAAAUUUGUGUGUUUUUUUACUUUAUUUUUUAUUGAGAACUUUUAAUAAAAACUGUAAGUGCAAUGCCAUCAAGUUUAUUUGCCGAUUUAGAACGCCCUAGUGGCUUAGAGGAACAACGGGCUUUACAAUUAGCUUUCGAAUUAAGUAUGUUGGGCUUAACAGAACCGUUGGCACCCACAUCAUCCGGACCGGUAAGCCCGACCGGUGGUUUAACCUCAUUUGGUAAUUCCGUUGCCGGUUUAGAUGAUGCACGAUCCAAAAAGUCACAAAAUAUGACUGAAUGUGUUCCGGUACCAAGUUCUGAACAUGUUGCUGAAAUUGUUGGACGACAAGGUUGCAAAAUAAAAGCAUUACGUGCAAAGACCAAUACAUACAUUAAAACGCCAGUACGUGGUGAAGAGCCAGUAUUUGUAGUGACCGGACGCAAAGAGGAUGUUGCAAAAGCAAAACGUGAAAUAUUAUCAGCAGCUGAACACUUUUCACAGAUCCGUGCAUCACGUAAAAGUAAUUUAGCAUCCGGUUUAACAUCCGGCACAAGCACACCCCCAGGACCACCAGCUAACAUUCCUGGCCACAUUACAAUUCAAGUACGUGUACCAUAUCGUGUUGUUGGCUUAGUAGUUGGACCAAAAGGUGCCACAAUCAAACGUAUCCAACACCAAACCCACACAUAUAUUGUCACACCAAGCCGUGAUAAGGAACCAGUAUUCGAAGUGACUGGUUUACCAGAAAGUGUUGAAACUGCACGACGUGAAAUUGAAGCACAUAUUGCUAUGCGUACUGGUAAUGGCGCAACAAUUAACGGAUCUGGUGUUGGGGGUUUAGGAUCUUUGUUAAAUGAUCCCACAGGAAUCUCAGAUGCACCAGAAUUGUUGGCAUCUUUAUAUAAAUCUGGCUUGGGUUCAUUAUUUGGAUACUUGGAAUCAUCACAACAAACCCAAACAGACACAUUUGGAUCGACAAUGAGCUCAUCAACUGGAUCUUCAGGUGCUUUUUCUAGUUCAGGUUCGUGUUCAAGCAGCUCAAGUAGCUCUGGACGACCUGGUAAUCGUAUCAAUGACUUAGUCUCCAUAUGGAAUUCAGAACGCGAUGAAGGUUUAGGUGAAUCACCAAGCUUCGAAAGUUCAACAACAACCAGCUCAAUCUGGUCAUUUCCCGGUGUGACCCUAACAUCACGACCAUCCCCAGCUACAUCAGUGAGUCCAACUGACUCAUUAUUGGGAUCAGCAAAACGUGAAUGCUUAGUAUGUUCAGAUAAAGAGGUAACAGCUGCCCUAGUCCCAUGCGGACAUAAUUUAUAUUGUUUGGAUUGUGCAAAUCGUGUAUGCGAAGGUGCUGAUCCUGUUUGCCCAGCAUGCAGUUUACCUGUUGUGCAAGCAAUUCGUAUCAUAUCUUAAAUACACACACUACUUAUUUUUAUUAAGGGUGCUCAUUCUUUUACUCUCUACUUACGUUGUUGUACGUUCUUAAUCAUGACGUCAACAAUUCAUAUGAUAUUUUUGUUUUUGAAAAAUCUCCUAAAAAAAAGACAAGGCGCCCAAAAUUUAUAAAAAAAUGUG